CAGCGCGGCGAUGCGCUGUGUCCCUCGGGGUUCACAGAAAGAGCUGAAGAUGUCGGCUCGGUCAUGUGAUCAGCUGUGUCCAAUCACAUCUGAUCACAUGGCACUGAUCAUCAGUGUGCCCCCAGAAGUGCCACCUGUCAGUGCUCAUCAGUGCCAGUGCCCAUCAGUGCCAUGUGCCAGUGCCCAAUCAAUGCCACAUAUCAGAGCAUACCAGUGCACAUCAAUGCCACAUAUCAGUGCCCAUCUGAGCUGCCUUUCAAUGUCACCCAUCAGUGCCAGUCAGUGCCACCUAACAGUGCCAGUCAGUGCCAUAUAUCAGUGUCAUGUAUCAGUGUUGUCGUUCAGUGCCCAUCAGUGAUGCCUGUCAAUGCCCAUCAGUG